CUAUUUAUCACAACUAAAUACAAGUCAAUCAAAUGUAUCAUAGACAUCGCAGGGGGCUCUUUAACCUGACACUUCUUGUCCUGCUGUGACAUUUGACAUUUAUAGCUACGAUGUGUAAAGUCGAGUCAGACUUUGAUUUAGGGAGUAAUGAAGACUGCAUAUUAGCAUGCUCCUGACACCUCUACAGUGGCGGGUAUUUACGUUGUGGAAUCCCUGCAAUGUCUCCACUUUUCCUAAGGUCUUAAAGUGACUUUUCUAAACGUGGCUUUCGAGCUUUCGCCUCCUCGAAAUCUCAAGCGCCGAGAAGAUCUCUUGAUCCUCGUAACCUGAGGACCAACAAGCGGCUGGUUAAACGGCGCGUUCGCGAAAGAAAAGCCGGCGUGAUGAGUGAUGACGGCUCGCUGAUAUGAAGAGGCAAACUCCCGGAGUAGAGGGGCAAGGCUGAAGGCUUCUUGUAAUGGUCCACACUGGAUUCAUUUAAAUUGGAUAUUUUAUUGUGUUGUGUCGUAAGCCUUGAAAAGCUUUUAUCCUUCUCUGACACCUACAUGAUUUUAUUCACAUAUAAUGCUAUUGCUGAACUCUUGAAUAGGAAGUAUUGUAGUUUUAAAACAAGUGCCAUAAAAAGAAGGUCAAAGAAAGUGAGAGAAUACACAUAGCUCCCUUUUACUUAGGUUGUCUAUGCUUUGAACACAGAUAUAUGCAGUUACAAGAGUAGUAUGUCUAAAAUGUUGUGGAUCGGGUUUGGGAUAGGAAACUAUUUCAUUCACUCCAAAAGUCUCCACAGGUCUGAUGCUGUUUGUCGCUCGACUGCCAAAACUUUCUCUGGCACCAACAAGGCCGCAGCAGCUGCCGUGGGGCAACAUGGCUAAAUAUAACCGAGCCACAGGCUCCUCGUGAGCUCUUUCACAACAAUAGAGAGGAUUAUCUGGUCCUGCAGGAUUACUAAAAUGUAUCUAACAGCCCCCCCGAGAGCUAUUAGAACCAAUUAACUAAUUACAGGUACCAGCUGGAUUAAUCAAUCAUGCAAACUAUUAAAAGCACUACAUUGAUAAAUGCCCAUAUGAUCAACACAAAGUGUAUUCUCCAAAACUAUGUGGAGUAGUGCCACAGAUAAAUGUAAAUAAAUGCAUGCAAUGCAUUAAGAAAAGACUUAUUGAACCUUCUUUGUGCUCCAAAGGGAUCCUAAACUGCAGCCAUGUCUGAUGGGUGAGUAUUGGUCUCCAAAUGCGCCACAAUAACCUACACAAUUACUGUUAUAAAUACAAUAACAUAUUUUUAUAUUUUAUGUCUACUUUUCUUGUCUGGUGGACGAAGACCGGUGAGAUUCUCUUUUCAUUUAUGAUCAAUAUUGAUUCGGAAUGAUUGAUUCGUGCAUUUGUGCUCAAUGAGCCAUUUGACACUGAUGACUGUGUGAAAGUAAAAGUGUUCUUAUCUUUCUCACAGAGAAAGCAAAAAUAUUCAGCAACACGCAGACUGCAUUUGAAGUCCAAACUGCUGAAGAAAGCAGCUUCCAUGCUGGUAACUGAGAUCAAAGAGAGGAAACUCGAGAAGGAAAGAGUAGUGAACGCGUGCUUCCCUGCACUAACGCUGUCAGGUCUGUCAGCCGAGGAGCUCAAGGAUCUUUGCAGAGAACUCAAUAGUAAGAUUGAUGUUGCAGACGAAGCCCGUUAUGACAUACAGGUCAAGGUAGACAAGAAUCUGACAGAGCUCCAGACACUGAAUCAGAAGAUCAGUGGGCUGAAAGGGGCAAAGAGGCCCAACUUGAAGAGGGUGAAGAAAACUACGGAUGACAUGCUGGGCGCAUGCGGAGACACCUCCAAGCACAUGAAGGCCGAUUUCAAGGUCAACCUCAAGACAGUGAAGAAGGAGGAAGAAAAGAAGGAGGAAGUGAAUGACUGGCGUAAGAAUGUGGAGGCCAUGUCCGGCAUGGAGGGCAGGAAGAAGAAGUUUAAUGCCGGACAAUAAAAAGGUGGUCUGCUACCAACACAUCAUCUUUCCUGAAGUAAAGAUUCACUUUAAAAUGUUUAUAUUGAAUCCCUUCGUUUAUCUUUAUUUCAGAAUUAUUGUCUGAAUUCAAAGAAGGAAUUUCCAAGAUGAAUCAACUUAUUUUAUAAAAAAGAGUGUUUUCAACUAUAGGGACAACUAAAUGGAUUCAAUUAUUAAAUACAAGCAGGAUUUAGAUACUAUAGUAUCAAAAUAGUUUUACCCUGAUUUAAUGUAUGUAAAAAAGACCACAAUCAUAUAACUUGUAUCGUAUACUGUUGUAUACAUUUGCAUAUUGAAAUUGUGUAAUGGAUUUGGCUGAUUAUCUUGAUGAGUUUGUCUUUUAAAGUGCACUAUUUGUAUCAUGCAGAUGUCUGUAUAAUACUGGUGAAUCGGAUUAAACAACAGCAAAUAUU